AUGCCCCAAGACCCUCCUCCAUGCCCUGGGACCCUCAUCCAUGCCCCAAGACCCUCCUCCAUGCCCCAAGACUAUCCUCCAUGCACCAAGAACCUCCUCCAUGCCCCGAGACUAUCCUCCAUGCCCCAAGACCCUCCUUCAUGCCCGAGACCCUCCUACAUGCCCCAAGACCCUCCUCCAUGCCCCGAGACACUCCUCCAUGCCCCAAGACCCUCCUCCAUGCCCCAAGACCCUCCUCCAUUUCCUGAGACCCUCAUCCAUGCCCCAAGACCCUCCUCCAUGCCCCUGGACCCUACUCCAUGCACCAAGACUAUCCUCCAUGCACCAAGACCCUCCUCCAUGCCCUGGGACACUCCUCCAUGCCCUGGGCCCCUCCUCCAUGUCCCAAGACCCUCCUCCAUGCCCCGGGACACUCCUCCAUGCACCAAGACCCUCCUCCAUGCACCAAGACUAUCCUCCAUGCACCAGGACCCUCCUCCAUGCCCUGGGACGCUCCUCCAUGCCCCGAGACUAUCCUCCAUGACCCAAGACCCUCCUCCAAGCCCUGGGACCCUCCUCCAUGCCCCAAGACCCUCCUCCAUGCCCCGAGACUAUCCUCCAUGCACCAAGACCCUCCUCCAUGCACCAAGACUAUCCUCCAUGCACCAAGUACCUCCUCCAUGCCCUGGGACGCUCCUCCAUGCCCCGAGACUAUCCUCCAUGCCCCAAGACCCUCCUCCAUGCCCCAAGACUAUCCACCAUGCCCCAGACCCUCCUCCAUGCACCAAGACCCUCCUCCAGGCCCCAAGACCCUCCUCCAUGCCCCGAGACCCUCCUCCAUGCCCCGAGACCCUCCUCCAUGCCCCAAGACCCUCCUCCAUGCCCCGAGACCCUCCUCCAUUCCCCAACACCCUCCUCACACAAACACUCAACACCAACAAUACUCACACUUGA